AUGGGGAAGGACGAAUAAUAUUGGAGUAAAGGGAGUGUUUCGGAAGUAUACUACAUGAAGACAUUGUGAAAGGAGUUAUGAAUUGGGUAACCUAGACUAAGAGUGCACAUAUAUAAUCCAUUACCUGGAUUUUUAACUUAAAAGCUGGAUUGUACAUCAACGUUGACACAUGUAAAGGCGAGAAUAAGCGACAAGUAUCUCUCGAAAUUUCGUAUUAUCAGCACUGUAUAGGAAUGCAUUUUUCAACCAUAUGUUUUCUCGCUAUUUUGAGCGCCAGUAUCACUGUUGUCAUUGGACAAGAAUUGCCAUUUAGAUGUUUACCUAAUGGUGAUAGAGGAAAUGUCUUUGGAUAUUAUACAACGCUGUUGCAAAAUUGUGACUCUGUACUGAAGUCGAUAGAGAAAUGGGUUGACGCCAAGUGUGCUGUUGGGCUGGACGCUAAGUGUGCUUCCAAGUGUGCUGUGGAGUUUGACGCUAAAUGUGACACAAAGUGUGACGCAAAAAUAAACGUGGCCGUGAAUAGGAAUUACUAUAUAAAAAGGCGCACUUUGGCCUUUGAACUUACCAACUGUCUCAAGGCCAAAGAAAAGGCAACCUGUGAUACCAAACGAAAAUGCUUCUGGCUUCCUGAAGGCAACUGUGUUCCAAAAGAUUUAGUUCCCUGAACUUUCUGAAGGGAUUUUUUAAUUAGGAGAAUAGCUCUGUCCAAUUACUUCUAUAAUAAAGUAUUGAUCAGGAAAGAAAGUUGUAAAUUAAUUAAUGACAUACUCGUUAUAUACAAUAAUAAUAAUUAUAAUAAUAAUAAUAAAUUUAAAAAAAAAAACUAUUAGAGAGUUCUAUGAGCCAUAAAAAGAUUUUGUGUCUUUUUCGAAAUUUUUACGUGCUCGGAAGGUCGUGUGUU